AUGGCCCCCGACCUGAACUCGGUGCCUCCCUCGCCGCGCCUCGCCCAGGCGUCGGCAGCCACGAUCCAGCCCUCCGCGCCCGCACCUUCGCACGGCAGCAGCCACCACGCCCUGCCAGCUUCCACCUCACACCCCUCCUCGCGCCGCGCAUCCCAGAUCUCGCCCAUGAAUCCUCCGCCGCUCCCGCUCGGCGCAGCUGGGAACGGCUCCACUCCGACCUCGCAGCCUCAGUCGCAGACCACAUACCAGCCAUUCCCGCCGCUGAGCCCACACCUGCCCGGCACCGCUCCUCGCGGCAGCAUGGAUGAGGCCGGUGUUCCCAUGAGGCACCCGCGCCCCUUGACAGCCGCUGAGCUGCACCACGAGCUCGAGCUCGAGCAAGAGGCCGUGGUCAACCGCCUCACGCGCGAGCUCAGCGCCCUCCGCGCGCACUCGGCAUCCGUCGCCAGCUCCGUCUCGUCGACCAGCACCUCCGCGCACCACCAUUCCAGCAACCCCCUCCUCUUCGAGGCCACCGACCCCUCGGCCGUCCACGCCGGCGCCCUGACCGGCCCGACUCACCCCACGGCCUCGCGCCGCCACCGCAGCUCCAGUAGCGUCAGCCGUGCGUCCCAGCCGCACCGCUGGUCCGUGUCGAGCCAGAGCCAGGGCCAGGGCCAGGCGCAACCACAACAGAUCGACGGUACGGGUAGCGGGGUGAUCAGCGGGGCCAGCAGCACCUACGCGGCCGGCGUGGGCAUGGCGCGCAGCCCGAGCCUCGGUGUGGGAGCGAGCGCUGCGACGAGGUUCGAGGAGGCGGCGCUGCACAGACAGGAGCUCGAGGAAGCCAAGAAGGAAAACGAGCUGCUGAGGAAGCGCAUCAGGGAGCUGGAGUCUGAGCUGCGGGGUCCGAGAUCCAGCGGAGCAGGCCCGCCGGCGACGACCUCACCCAGAGAGACGAGCCAAAGCCGAGGCGUCCGGAGAGACGAGGCUGUUGCGUCAUGA